AUGGCGCCUAGUGUGAUGGCGCCUAGUGUGGUGGCGCGUAGUGUGAUGGCGCCUAGUGUGGUGGCGCCUAGUGUGAUGGCGCCUAGUGUGGUGGCGCCUAGUGUGAUGGCGCCUAGUGUGGUGGCGCCUAGUGUGGUGGCGCCUAGUGUGAUGGCGCCUAGUGUGGUGGCUCCUAGUGUGAUGGCGCCUAGUGUGGUGGCUCCUAGUGUGCUGGUUCCUAGUGUGCUGGCUCCUAGUGUGUUGGCUCCUAGUGUGGUGGCUCCUAGUGUGAUGGCGCCUAGUGUGAUGGCGCCUAGUGUGAUGGCUCCUAGUGUGCUGGCUCCUAGUGUGCUGGCUCCAACUCCUAGUGUGUCGGCUCCUAGUGUGCUGGCCCGUAGUGUGCUGGCCCGUAGUGUGCUGGCCCCUAGUGUGCCAGCUCGAAGUGUGCCGGCUCCUAGUGUGCUGGCUCCUAGUGUGCCAGCGUCUAGUGUGCUGGCUCCUAGUGUGUCGGCUCCUAGUGUGCCGGCUCCUAGUGUGCUGGCUCCUAGUGUGCCAGCGUCUAGUGUGCUGGCUCCUAGUGUGCCGGCUCCUAGUGUGCUGGCUCCAAGUGUGCUGGCUCCUAGUGUGUCGGCUCCUAGCGUGCCGGCUCCUAGUGUGCCGGCUCCAAGUGUUUCGGCUCCUAGUGUGCUGGUUCCUAGUGUGCCGGCUCCUAGUGUAUCGGCUCCUAGUGUGCCGGCUCCUAGUGUAUCGGCUCCUAGUGUGCCGGCUCCUAGUGUGCCGGCUCCUAGUGUUUCGGCUCCUAGUUUUUCGGCUCCUAGUGUGCCGGCUCCUAGUGUGCUGGCUCCUAGUGUGCCGGCUCCUAGUGUGCUGGCUCCUAGUGUGCUGGCUCCUAGUGUGCUGGCUCCUAGUGUGCCGGUUCCUAGUGUGCCGGCUCCGGGGGGAUUCCUGCUUGCAGUUCUCAGAUAA